UAACCCAACUUAUUUUUCCAAAGUAUUUAUUUUUGUUUUCUAUUUCGAACUAAAAAUACAUUUUUAAAUAUAGAUUUUGUUCGAGAAAUUUCAUGAUACUUCGUUGAACAAUACUUAAAUAGAGCAACGCGAGGAUACACACGUUACAGUUAAGUUAAAACUAUUGUUCAGUAAAAGUAAAAACGUUUUUUUAUCGUAUAAAAAAAUGGGUAGUGAAACUGAAAGUGAAGCUCUAAAAGAACAGGGAAAUGUAGCCUUUAAAGAGGGCAAAUGGGACGAGGCCCUAAAGUACUACACCAUGGCGAUAGACAGGAUAAAGGGUGAACCGAAAGAACUAGCGGUUUACUAUAAAAAUCGCGCCGCAGUGUAUUUGAAGUUAGAAAAAUACGAAGAAGCUAUAAAAGAUUGCAGUAAAAGCCUAGAAAUAACACCCAACGACCCUAAAGCCCUUUUUCGCAGACUGCAAGCGUUUGAAUCAUUACAAAGGUUUGAAGAAGCUUACAAAGACGCUACGCAAAUUUUCAAAGACGACCCAUCAAACAAAAUUAUCCAGCCGUAUUUGCAAAGACUACAUAAGAUAGUUGAAGAAAGGGCUCGUAUUAGUGCUCAAACCAACAGCAAAUUAGAAAGUAUGUUAAAUAUUAUAUUGGAUCCGACUAACCCAAAGGAUAAACGUGAAACUGCAAUGAAAAAUCUGUUGGUAUUGGCUAGAGAAAAUGCUGGCAGUCAGAUUAUGCUGAAACAAGGCUGUAUAGUUCAAAAAAUUAAAAGUUUACUCAAAGUAGAGAAGAAUGAAGAAAUCUAUGUUACCGGUAUUAGAAUAAUCAGUGAACUCUGUAAGAAUUCUGAAGAAAAAACUAGAAUAGUACUUAUGGAUAUCGGUAUACCUUGGUUGCUUGAAGUAUUAGAUUCUACAAAAGAACCUGUUGUUAACGCUGUUCAGUACUGUAUACAAUCCAUUUUAAACAGUUUAUCUGGCAUGGAAAACAAAUCGGACAUUAAACCAAAAGAAGAGCUUGUUGACAGGAAUAAAUCUAUCAUUGACACUUUACUAUCGUGUCUGACAAUGUCAAUAAAUAACCAGGCUAUUUCUGGGCUAGCUAGGGAUGCUAUUAUUGAAAUACUAACCAGGAAUAUUCACCAUACUGCCCUAGACUGGGCAGAAAAGUUGAUAGAUCUAGAUGGGGUAAAAAAACUUAUGGAAUGUGCUAGUGAACUUGAAGAGUAUCACUAUGAAAGUGCAAUGAACAUUACACCAUCAACUAGGACUAUAGCUGCAGUUUGUUUGGCUCGAAUCUAUGAAAAUAUGUACUAUGACCAAGCUAAAGAAAAGUUUUUGAAUAAAAUACAAGAAUUUAUUAAGGAUAAAUUGUUAACACCAGAUAUAGAGAGUAAAGUAAGGGUAACAGUUGCGAUUACAGCAUUGUUACGGGGUCCCCUAGAUGUAGGGAAUACGAUAAUUGCUAAAGAGGGUAUUUUGGAGAUGAUUUUGGUUAUGGCUAAUACGGAAGAUGAGUUACAACAAAAGGUAGCUUGUGAAUGUAUAAUAGCAGCCGCUAGUAAAGCUGAUAAGGCAAAAAGUAUAGUCUCUCAGGGUGCAGAAAUUUUAAAAAAAUUGUACAAAUCAAAAAACGAUCACAUUCAAAUCAGAGCUCUUGUCGGUUUAUGCAAGUUAGGAAGCUACGCAGGGACAGACGCCUCUAUUAAACCUUUUGCCGAAGGCUCAUCCAUUAAACUCGCCGAAGCAUGUCGCAGAUUCCUACUUCAUCCAGGAAAAGACACCGAUGUCAAAAAAUGGGCCGCCGAAGGACUUUCCUACCUUACCCUUGACGCAGAAGUUAAAGAAAAACUCGUUUCAGACAAAGCAGCCCUAAAAUCUUUAGUACAACUCGCCCAGACAGGCGAUCAAAGCGUAGUUUACGGAGUUAUAACCACAUUAGUCAACCUAUGCAACGCCUACGAAAAACAAGAGGUUAUCCCCGAGAUGAUUGAGCUAGCUAAGUUCGCCAAACAACAUAUUCCUGAGGAACACGAACUAGAUGACCCGGAUUUUAUUACAAAACGCUUACUAAUACUCGGACACGAAAACGUUACUACAGCUCUAGUAGCUCUAUCCAAAACAGAAAGCCCCAACUCCAGAGAGUUAAUUUCUAGGGUUUUUAACGCUCUCGCCAGCGAGCAUGAGCUCAGAGGAGUCAUGGUGCAACAAGGCGCAGUGAAAGUACUUAUUAAACUAGCUCUAGACGGUACAGAGAAGGGUAAAAGACAAGCCGCUCAAGCCCUGGCUAGGAUCGGGAUAACAAUGAACCCCGAAGUAGCCUUUCCUGGACAACGUUCUCUGGAGGUAAUCAGGCCUUUAUUAUCGUUAUUACACCAAGACUGUUCAGCUUUAGAAAACUUUGAAUCUUUAAUGGCACUGUGUAAUAUCGCCCAAAUCAAUGAAAGUGCUAGACAAAGAAUUAUAAGAGAAAGUGGUUUUACUAAAAUUGAGCAUUACCUGUAUGAAGAUCACGUGAUGUUGUCACGUGCGGCGAUACAGUGCAUGUGUAAUCUCGCUCAAAGUGAGGAUAUAGUACAGAGAUACUUUGAGGGAGAGAAUGACAGAGUUAAAUUUGUUGUGGCUUGUUGUUUGGAUGAGGAUAAAGAUACGGCAAUGGCUGCUGGAGGAUUAUUAGCUAUUUUGACAAGUUUCAGUAAAAAUUGUUGUGAAAAAAUAUUUGAAUCCAAGAACUGGCUUGAAGCAAUGCAGUGUUUACUGGCUAACCAAAUUAGUAGCUUACAGUAUAGAGGAGUGUGUAUAAUUUCAAAUAUUGUGAAUUCUGGUAAAGAACUUGCAGAAAAACUGAUGGAAACUAAUAUUCUGGAAAUAAUAUUUGCUCUCAAGUGUGUACCGGAUGAGGAUGGAAGUAAGAAAAAAAUUGUACAGGUUGUUGAGGAAAUAUUACAAGUAUGUGAGAAGUACGGUAUUGUUAAAAAGCCCGAAGACUAAAUGACGUAUUAUAUUUUAGAAUUAUCUUGUAAUUUUAAGUUUCUUAGUUUUGUAAUACUGAAAUAAAUUAUUGUAAUGUU